GAAUAUAUAUUUUUAAUUAAACAUUUGUCUUUCUAUAUUUGCGCGCUUAAAUGAUGCGCGCGUGCGGUUGCGUGACGCGUUCUUCUGCUCGGCUCCGCGCGCGCGGCGGGACGUGUUGCUCGGCGGAGCUGCUUGGCUGAGAUUUCUCGCCGCGUGGACUUUUUGCAGUCCACCUCGGCAGCGCGGCGGCUCGCAGGUACAUCGCUCACUUCGCUGCGUUUACCCCCCCCACCCCCACCACCACCCUUUCCCUUUAGCGGUGUUUCAGUGUUUCUUCUUUCCCGGACCCGCGCGAGCUGACCGAAUGAGGCCGACGCAGCGCGAGGACUGAAGGACUAAAAGUGCCAUGCGGCUCCCGCGGCCAGCGCUCUAAACCCGCAGAACACGGACACAGCGCAGAUAUGGGGUCCCUGGCGCGAGGCCGCUGGCUCGUGAUCCCGUUGCUGGUGCAGGCCUGGCUCAUCGCUUCCCCCAGUAGAGUCCGAGAGCGCCCGUGCCCUCGGAGCUGCCGCUGUGAUGGCAAAAUAGUCUACUGUGAGUCAAAUGCCUUUCGCGACGUGCCAAAGAAUGUGUCCAUGGGAUGCCAGGGCCUCUCUCUGCGCUACAACAGCUUGGCUAGCCUCAGGGGCGGUCAGUUUGCCAGCCUCAGUCAACUGGUGUGGCUGUACCUGGAUCACAACUACAUCAGUGUGGUGGACAGUCAAGCCUUUCAAGGUGUGCGCAGAUUAAAGGAACUGAUCCUCAGCUCAAACAAGAUCACUCAGUUGGAAAACAGUACGUUUCACACCAUUCCAAACCUCCGGAACUUGGACCUCUCGUACAAUAAGCUGCAGCUGUUGCAGCCUAACCAGUUUCAAGGAUUGCGAAAGUUACUAAGUCUUCACAUGAGAUCCAAUUCCCUUAAGAUUGUUCCGAUGCGGGUGUUCCAGGAUUGUCGAAAUCUCGAAUUUCUCGACCUGGGCUACAAUCGACUGAGAAGCCUCACCCGCAAUGCGUUUGCGGGACUUCUUAAGCUAACCGAGUUACAUUUGGAGCACAACCAAUUCUCCAAGAUCAAUUUAUCUCAUUUCCCUCGUCUGAACAACCUCCGAGCACUCUAUUUGCAGUGGAACCGGAUAAAGUCUGUAUCACAGGGAAUUACCUGGACCUGGACCUCUUUGCAAAAACUUGACCUCUCUGGAAAUGACCUUCAUGUGCUGGAUGCCGUCAUUUACCAGUGUCUCCCCAAUUUGCAAACCCUUAACCUUGAUUCCAAUAAGCUUAGCAAUGUGUCUCAAGAGACUGUGGCAGCCUGGAUCUCAUUAACUACCAUCAGUCUAGCAGGAAAUAUUUGGGACUGCAGUCCCAGCCUCUGCCCUCUUGUUGCAUGGUUAAGGAACUUCAAGGGGAACAAGGAGACGACCAUGAUCUGUGCUGGACCCAAGGAGGUUCAGGGGGAGAAAGUUAUGGAUGCUAUGGACACGUCUGGCAUCUGCAAAGCUACACCGACUCCGUAUCUCCUGGUUUCUACUACUCUCAUUUCCUCGUCGAAACCUGGGCGUGUGCCAGUGCCCACGAUGUCCAGGAUGGACAAGGAGAGUAGCCGUAACGUCCCUAUUGUUCCCUCUCCGACUCUCGCUUCCCCGCAUGUUCCCGAGCAGGACUAUGAACAUGUUUCCUUUCAUAAGAUCAUAGCAGGCAGUGUGGCACUCUUCCUAUCAGUGGCAAUGAUCCUGCUUGUGAUUUAUGUUUCCUGGAAGCGAUACCCGAGUAGCAUGAAGCAGCUACAGCAGCACUCCAUGGUGAGAAAGCGCCGGAAAAAGGCGCGGGAGACAGAGCGAACCCUCAGCUCCCCACUGCAGGAGUAUUAUGUGGACUACAAACCCACAAACUCUGAGACCAUGGAUGUACUAGUCAAUGGGACAGGACCCUGCACCUAUACCAUCUCCGGCUCCAGGGAAUGUGAGGCAUCUCAGCAGAUGAGCCGUUUGCCAUUCUAUAGGUACGAGCAGCCCCUCGUGGACUACUGCCAGGCCCACCAGCCUCUGCACAUCAGCAUGGGCUACGACCCCUCAGCCCAGGCCGUGGAGGGGCGGGGGGCACGAGAACGCAGCAUCGCCCCCAACUCCAGCCUCCUCCCCUCCAUGCCUGCAGCUCCCUGUAUCAGCCUGCCACAGUGAGCCCACCUGGGAAAAGACUCGCACGCCCACACAGCCCUCCCCUCUCCCUCCUCUCCCCGUGUCCUCCCCCCGGUUCUCAGUGGACAUCACCGGAGGACUCACUGCUCCGUCCCCGGAGCGGACCGCACUGCACUGACUCUGUGGGGAAUGUGUGGAUGUGGGCCAGAGAAGAAGUGAAAUUGAAAAUAUUAUUCAUAAUCCUUGAGAGGAUACACUGAGGCUUUCCUGGUGUGUGUGUGUGGAGUGGAGAUUUGUCCAUUCGCACAAUGAGAUUUGAUGGAGUGAUAAAGUGUUUUCUCCCCAGCCCUAAACCUCUCUUCACCUUUGGUUAACCCUUACAGGUCCAGUUAUUACUAGAGUCAUUUCUACCAAAUUCUCUUUUAAAAAUACAACUGCACACACACUGACAGCUUUUUAGUUCAAGACUGAAAUAAUAAAGUAUAACCCCAAAAAUACAACCUCAAUUCCUAAUAAGUUGAGACAGUGUAAAAUAUAGGAUGCAAUAAUUUCCAAAUUUCCCAUAUACCCAUAUUUUAUCCACAAUAUAACAUACAGUAGGACACAUUUCAAAUGAACAAAAUGAGGCAUUUUACCAAUUCCUUAAAAAAACUCAUUAACUCAUCAAGGACAUAUUGGCAGGAACACAUCACAAAAAAGUUAGAAAAUUAAAAAUGUUACUAACAAAAAACAGCUGCAAUAUAAGAAAUUAGCAUCUGAAACAUGAAGGGUACACUGAAAAAACUAUGCGUAAAAUGUACUUAAAAACG